GGUUCAGACUGAUUUGAUUCACUCUUCCUCCUCACGUCCGACCGUCUCCUACCUCACCUUUGCCCGUACACUUACCACACUUUAUUUGGACAUUUUUCUUUAAAGUAUCUCUAUAAAUUACCAUGGCUGAUACCGCUGUCGACACAACCACCGCCCCCGAAGUCACCGCAAAGGAACUGAAAGAAAAGAAGGAGGUGGUUGAAGAGACCAAGGAGGCUGCAAAGGAAAAUGGCAGCGAAGAGGCACCUGCCAAUGGAAAUGGAACAACUAAUGGCGCUUCACAUGAGAAAGAAGCUCAGGAAGAUGAAGAGGGUGGAGAGGAUGAGGAAGCAGCAGCAGAGGGAGAGGAGGAGGAGGAGGAGGAGAAAGGUGAUAAGGAAGACGCAGACGCACCACCCGUGAAGCGUCCAGCAGAAGAGGAGGAGGUAGUCGAAACAAAGAAACAGAAGACAGAGGAGAACGGAGACUCCAAAAAGGCCGAAGUCAAAGCUUAAGAGUUCUGCCAGUAGCUCUGUCUUUAUGGCCAAUCCGACCUAGUAGAGUUUGUGCUUUCUGUAUAUUUCACAGACAUUCUUUUGCCGCUACAAGACCUUUUUAUUGCACUGAGGCCCAUAACAUCGCAACCCUGUCCCUUUUUGUACAACCUUAUUUAUUGGUGUAGGACCAACAUGUUAGAACCCUGUAUCAAAAGAAACGUUUAAGGUUAAGAGUUUACGUUGGCACGAGUUUAACAAGCACACAUUCUACUCAGUUAUUUGACCAGUGGACACACACACAAGCAACUGAAAGCUGAAGGUUCUGUCAUUUCCAUGAGUGAUGUUUCAGAUUCAUUAAAGACCAAAGAUAAGUUUUAAGCUGGGGCUAAUAUACAAUGUUUAACCUGGUUGUGCUGCUAGAAAGUAAUCCCACGAUUUGGCAGAUCAGUUAACAACAGAUGGCUCGUAUGUAUGAGGUUUCCUCAGACAACACCGAUCGCCCGCCCCCUUUUCUGACUGGCCUCUAACAUGUUAAUUAACCCCUUUUUAAAUCUUAAACGAUUUUGGUCUUUUGUUCCAUAUGCAUUUAAAGGGAGUGUAUCUUUUCUAUCCUUAUGUACAGUUUUAGGGUUUUUGUUUUAUCAUUGUGUUUUAUAUGGGAAGUGCAGAAUGCAUCUAUAACAGAAAACAGUAUGGUGGUACUGGUGUUCCUUCAAGCAAAUUCUUUUUAUGAUUGUGUUUUUGGUUGCCUUUUGACCACUGCUUUGUAUAGUUUGGUUCAGGAUUAUAAAUAAAAUCAGUCUCGUCUUUUUCAAACGA